CGGCGAGCGUGGCAGGAGUCGCGUGAGCAGCGUGUUCGUAGCCGCGGUGCUUCCCCGGACCAAGACUGGACCGGAUUCGUCCCGAUUUCCGUCGCGUCGCCCCGCGGCGCCGUUACCUGUGUGUGUGCGUGUGUGUGUGUGAGUGCGAGUGCGAGUGAGAGCUGAGCGCGCCAGUGCCACCCCCGGCAGCCAGCAAAUGUGGAGCUGGGCCGCGAGUGCCUGCGCAUCGCCGAGGAGAGGAGGAAGAGGACCGGGAGCAGCAGGCUCUGCAGCAGCAGGCUCUGCCGCAGGGGAUGGGGCCAGCCAGCACCGCCUGCAGCACCAGCCCGCGCCCCGCGCCGGCCCCGCCGGCCACCACACGCUCGCCCCGCACCGCUCGCACCGGCACGGGCAGCAGCAGCUGCAGCAGCUGCAGCAGCAGCAGCAGCGCGGAAGUUGUCGCCGUCGCCCAGCUGCUUAUCGGACGCGACGAGUACUCGCCGCGGUAGCGCGCCGUGAUCGAGUAUCAGCCCCAUCAGUCCACCGAGGAGGACCCGCGGGGCGCUAGCAGCAUCGCGGUAGCCGCAGCCGCAGCCGCGCAGACGCCAGGGCUUCCCGCGAUUUCGCGCACACCGCCCUGCCCUGCCCCACCUCCUCCUCCACCAUCACCACUACCACCACCCCGGAGCCGCCCCCGCCCAACCCUCGUCUCCCCACUCCACUCCCCGCCGAGCGGAGCGGACGGGUCGGCACGGCACGGCUCGGCGUCAACCACCACCACCACCACCGCGUACGGUGUGUGAGUGAGUGAGUGAACGAGUGUGUGUGUGAGUGUGUGUGAUCCCCCUGAACGCUGCUCCAAAUCGACACCUCUAGUUAUGGAAAUGAGUGUCGAUUUGGUUUUCCAAACAGCCGUCAUCGGUCUGUGCUUGGCUGUGGUGGUGCUGCUGCUAAACCGAUUGAGGUCAACCAAGGAAGAAAAUGUGCAAAAAAAACAAGAGAGGAAAGAGAAGAAGCUUGAGCAGCAGCAGCAGCAGCAGCAAGUUAAACCGGCUGGUGGAAAGAAGAAACAAGAAAAAUGGGCUCCUCGUGAGUCCAAGCAGUCCUUCACCCACCCCUGGAUGUUGUCUUCUUUGAAGGGUCACAGUGGCGAAGUUCUUGACAUGGAUUUUUCUGGGAAUUCCAAGUUUUUAGCAACAUGUUCCGAUGACCGCGCCGUUGUGCUCUGGAGUGCCAAACACCUGGAUCAGAAGGAACACAAGAACUUGCGCGUCAACGUUGAGUUUGACCACGCCGUCAUGGUGCGCUGGAGCCCCGACUCGAAGGCCUUCAUCAUACACAAGGGCGUGGAGAACGUCGUGGAGGUGCACAAGGUGUCCAAGAAGCCCGACGGGUGGAUUGGGCCCGUCACCAAGGCCAUCACCUUCCCGAAGGCGCACGUGGAGGACGUGGUGGGGAUGGACAUUGCCGUGAGCGGGCGCUUCAUCAUGACGUGCUCGGAGAAGACGGAGCUGGUGCUGUGGGACCUGAAGGGCGAGCGCCUCGCCACCCUGGACACGCUCACGGUCCAGACGCACCGCGCGCGGGUGUCGCCCUGCGGACACUUUGUGGCGGCUUCAGGUUUCACCCCCGACGUCAAGGUGUGGGAGGUGGUCUUCACCAAGGGAGGCGACUUCGACCGGGUGGUUCGCGCCUUCGAGCUCAAGGGCCACAGCUCCGGCGUCUACGACUUCGCCUUCUCGGCCGACUCGUCACGCGUGGCCACCAUCAGCAAGGACGGCAACUGGAGGGUCUUCGACACGAAGGUGGAGUACCAGAAGGGCGAGGAGCCCCGCCUGCUCAAGUCGGGCAAGCACGACGGGCCCGCGGCCAUCAAGUCGCACCUGGCCAUCUCCCCCGACGGCGAGUCGUUCGCAGUGGCCACCGGCAGCAACCUCUCCCUGUACGUGGUCAACUCCGGCAAGCUGCUCGUCACCCUCCACGACGUCUACUCGG